UUAAAGCCAAAUAAGUCUAGAUACAAUUAGUGGAUUAAUCACCCUCCUAAUAUCAAGGAAGUUAAUAACUACUGUAAUGAAAAAGUGGAGGAAUAACCUCCUUAAUGAUGUCUACAGAGAAUUAAAAACAACAUAAUUAAUAGAUAAGUCAUUAAUAACUGCAUAAGAAAAAUAAAAAAACAUAAUUAAUAGUCGUUACUUUCUUUCUUUCUUCGAACAGAUCUGCACUCUUUUUUUUCUUUCUAAUCCCUUGCAGGCAGUACAAGUCCGGGGCAGCUUCUCCGACGACUCGAAGCGUAUAUUUUAUGGCGACCAAAUUCAGGGUGGUAUCAACAGUUGCUAAAGGUGACGACAACAAAAUUUCGGUGACUAAUUAUUGCACCAACUUGUCGGAAUCCGACGAAUCGAUCAAGAAAAUGCCCCCACUUUGUCUUCUCCCCGGAUCUG